CUCAAGCAAUAGAACGAAUCAGAAUUAAGAAUUUUAUAUAUGCAAAAUGUAGUUUUACAUGAUCUCAUGUGAAGCCACCACGUUUCAUUUACCCUCCGUGUAACCUCACCGACUUUGCCCAGUUUAAGAUAUGGCAUCUGAGUGCUGUCUCAGUCUCACCAAAUACUUCCUCUUUCUCUUCAACUUGAUAUUCUUUCUCUUAGGAUCACUCCUCCUAUCUAUGGGACUAUGGAUACUACUUUCAGAGGAUGAAAUGUUCAAGAUUUUUGCAGUGCCCCCUCCUCCCUACAUUUCCAUCCAUCUCUUGUCUUACUUGUUGAUCAUCAGUGGCUCUGUGACCAUGUCAUUAGGCUUCUUAGGAUGUCUGGGUUCUCUGAAGACUGUCAAAUGCCUGCUGGCAACUUAUUUUAUCCUGCUCACGGUUCUUCUCGCGGCUCAGAUAGUGGGUGCGGUUCUUUUCUACACCCAGAAGACUGAGCUGGCUCUUUCACUAGAGGAUCACACUCUUCAACUAAUAAGCUCAUUUGGAAAAAAUGAUUCCACUUUCAAGAAUUUUGAAAUGACUCUACUGGAUAUUCAGAAGAAGGCCAAAUGCUGUGGUUGGAAUGGAAAAAAAGACUGGCGUGAAUUUAUACCCUGUUCUUGCUACGACAAAGCCAAUGCUACUGUCAAUGCGACAUAUGAAGGAAAAGAUCACAAAUGUUCCACAUGUUUCUCAAAUGGUACCUGUUCAAAUUUCCCCUUUGGGAUUUAUAAUCAGGGUUGCAGUGAGAAAAUAAAGACAUGGCUGAAUGAAAAUCUUCUCUUAAUUUUGGUGUUUAUUUUGGCCAUUUGUGUGGUGGAGAUAUGUGGUAUGAUCCUUUCGAUGUGUCUGUAUAAAGAGGGUUCUGUGGAGUACAACACAAUUUUCUACUAAGAUGACCAGGAUCAGUGAGGGGGGAAAAGUCAAGCAUUUGCUUUCUGUCAUUCUUUUGUAUGAUGUUUUUGAUGUAUGCUGUUUUCCUUGUUAUUCAGAUGCUAUGUGUUUUUAUCUGUUUAGGGAAAAGUACAAAUAAUUUGAACCUGUUGAAAUAAUAUUUAAAGGAUAUAAGCUUUUAUUUCUUGAUUCUCAGAACAUGUGCAUGUGACCAAGAAUGUUCUCAUUUGUUCAGUUUAGCCAGUGGGUGAGAAAAACGUUAGGGUGAGGCAGUAUAAUAUUUCACCAUUGUUGUGCACACAAAGCAGAUAACAUCAAUAUUGAGGCAAUGAGUGCGAUACUGUUCACAUAACAUGUAUUUUACAUGUAAAAUAUUAGAACUCAAAUUUUCCUUCAAUAUAUAUAUAUAUAUAUAUAUAUUUUUUUUUAUGUAAGGUGACAAGUGGUACAGCAUGUGGCUUUUAAAUUUUGAAUCUUUUCAAUUGAAUCUUUAAAGUGAAUUGUGUAAACACACUUUGUAAAACGGUAAUUGUAAUAAAACUGCUGUUGCUAAAUGGAAAUAAAACAAAAAAUUACAUUAUAAAGUUGAUUUUGUUUUGGUCAUAAUGAAUGCAUUUAUGUGUCUAUUUAAACUGAGGAUCUAAAUGGUACAUGGGACAUGUAAUACCGUAAUACCCCAUUGCAAGUUAUUGUUAGGGCAGGGAGGAGGUCAGGACACUUGUUAUCAGGUAUCGUAUAUAUAUACAUGCUGGGAUCAUCUCCCUCAUUAAUUCCAGAGCAACACUACAGACUAAGAAGUUUGAUAAAGACACAAAGAUGGGAUCCCGCACAUUGGUUCUGAUCAUGUUUUUAAGUGCCCUCUGUGUUGCCCAGGCACUGAGGUGCAACUACUGCCAGAAGAUUGACAGAACCAACCCCACCUGUAAUGAGAUAGAGGAGAAAGAUUGCAGCAGUGGUUUUGACAAGUGCAUUAAAAUCAAAAUGCAUCAUCCAGCCUACGGUGAGGUACGCAGAUGUGCCAAAACUGUUGAGUGUGAUGCUCAGGUACCUCCUCAGGUGGAGAAAGUGUGCUGCAACACAGAUCUCUGCAACUGAUCUGCUCCAUCAGCCAAAUAUAUUUUACAAUGUUCAGUUUUUAUCUCAUGCUACAUAAAAUGUUAACACAUACAGCUAUCAUUAACUUUAAUUUAAUAUAUGUAAAUGUAAGUAGAGAAUAAUAUAAAGAAAUAAAAUCUGGCCAGCG